AGGCCCGUGCUCUCACUCUGAAGCGAUACUCGGUGCCGUGCACACGUCUUGAACGCAGCAGCUACCUUACGAGCGAACGCGCGCCCAUCUUCUUAACCUCUCGAGCCUCCUUGUGCGUUUGCCGUGUGUGUGCGUGUGUGUGUGGUUUUCGCGUUCUCCGCUCCACGGUCUGUCGCGCGCUUCAAGUGUCCGUGUUGCAUAAUAGUCAGCCCGGUCAGCAAACAGGGGGGGAAGGGCUCUCGAGCACGACCCCGUAACAGGCCGCGAGUGUUCGUUUCGUACACGGCCAACUGCCGUCAGCCGUUACCCGGUUGUGUGUUGCCGCGUUGCCUACUGCGAUUGCCGUCUGCGGUUGAGUGAAGUGAACGCCGAACGCGCUCCAGCCACUUGUCCACCUGUCUGAGGACACAGCCACUAAGUGCCGAGCGCAGCAGCACAGUAAGCCACGCGCCACAAACAAAAGAAAAGGGGCCACGGCGAUGCUGGAAAUCACGUGCAACGAUCGGCUGGGCAAGAAGGUGCGCGUCAAGUGCAACCCGGACGAUACGAUUGGCGACUUGAAAAAGCUGAUCGCGGCCCAAACCGGCACCCGGUACGACAAGAUCGUGCUGAAAAAGUGGUACACUAUUUACAAGGAUAACAUAAAGCUGGCGGACUACGAAAUACACGACGGCAUGAACAUCGAGCUGUACUAUCAGUGAGCUGUAUCUCCGUCUAUGGUUGGUCUCCGGGUCUAGUCGGGCGGCUCGGAUUUGCCUGGUUGUUGUGAGCGUAUCGAUUUUUUCGGAGGGAGGCCAGAUGCGAACCGACGGCUUCGUGAACCGCGAAGGCAUUGCCGAAGCUGGUGCGCCGACGGAACCGAAGCAACGACGCCCUACCACAGGCACAAAUGUACAUCAACGGGAGGGAGGGAAGCGCGUAGGUCGGUGGGAGAGGGAAGAAACGGGGUAACAACGUUUAAGAAACGACUCAGAGAAGAGGCAAGAAUUUAAGUAUGUACGAGAUACGAGAUGAUAACGUAAAGAAAGAAAAAAACUAAAUAAUUGAAUGAAAAAUGUAACUGUUGGAAAGGAAAUAAAAUUGUACUAAAAACAAACACA